GGGAUCCCAGCCGCGUUUUCGCGCCGACACGUCACAUGCUCUGAUCCCUCCGCCGGGUCGUACAAGGUCGCAGCCCUGCCCCUCCACACAAAGCCCCUCACUCUCUCUGGACGCCACAGUCGAACACUCCGUGAGGAGGAUCUUGACAGUUUUAGCUUGUCGCUUCCGCCGCAGAGACUGAACCCGGCGUUUAAAAAGUAGUCCCUGACCGCAUUUCCGCGGAGGGAUCGCGGAGGGGGCGGGGCUUCCGAUGACUAUAUAAAGAGACGCCGGGCGUGCCGCAGCUAGUUCCGUUGAGACUGCGAGCUCCGUCUCUUUUGUGAGGACUGCUGCACAACUGCUGACAAUGCAGAUCUUUGUGAAAACCUUAACUGGUAAGACCAUCACCCUGGAGGUCGAGCCCAGUGACACCAUCGAGAAUGUCAAGGCAAAGAUCCAGGACAAGGAGGGCAUCCCCCCUGACCAGCAGAGGCUGAUCUUUGCAGGCAAGCAGCUGGAAGAUGGCCGCACCCUGUCAGACUACAACAUCCAGAAGGAGUCCACCCUGCACCUGGUCCUUCGCCUCAGAGGUGGGAUGCAGAUCUUUGUGAAGACCCUGACAGGCAAGACCAUCACCCUGGAGGUCGAGCCCAGUGACACCAUUGAGAAUGUCAAGGCAAAGAUCCAGGACAAGGAGGGCAUCCCCCCUGACCAGCAGAGGCUGAUCUUUGCAGGCAAGCAGCUGGAAGAUGGCCGCACCCUGUCAGACUACAACAUCCAGAAGGAGUCCACCCUGCACCUGGUCCUUCGCCUCAGAGGUGGGAUGCAGAUCUUUGUGAAGACCCUGACAGGCAAGACCAUCACCCUGGAGGUCGAGCCCAGUGACACCAUCGAGAAUGUCAAGGCAAAGAUCCAGGACAAGGAGGGCAUCCCCCCUGACCAGCAGAGGCUGAUCUUUGCAGGCAAGCAGCUGGAAGAUGGCCGCACCCUGUCAGACUACAACAUCCAGAAGGAGUCCACCCUGCACCUGGUCCUUCGCCUCAGAGGUGGGAUGCAGAUCUUUGUGAAGACCCUGACAGGCAAGACCAUCACCCUGGAGGUCGAGCCCAGUGACACCAUCGAGAAUGUCAAGGCAAAGAUCCAGGACAAGGAGGGCAUCCCCCCUGACCAGCAGAGGCUGAUCUUUGCAGGCAAGCAGCUGGAAGAUGGCCGCACCCUGUCAGACUACAACAUCCAGAAGGAGUCCACCCUGCACCUGGUCCUUCGCCUCAGAGGUGGGAUGCAGAUCUUUGUGAAGACCCUGACAGGCAAGACCAUCACCCUGGAGGUCGAGCCCAGUGAUACCAUCGAGAAUGUCAAGGCAAAGAUCCAGGACAAGGAGGGCAUCCCCCCUGACCAGCAGAGGCUGAUCUUUGCAGGCAAACAGCUGGAAGAUGGCCGCACCCUGUCAGACUACAACAUCCAGAAGGAGUCCACCCUUCACCUGGUCCUUCGCCUCAGAGGUGGGAUGCAGAUCUUUGUGAAGACCCUGACAGGCAAGACCAUCACCCUGGAGGUCGAGCCCAGUGACACCAUUGAGAAUGUCAAGGCAAAGAUCCAGGACAAGGAGGGCAUCCCCCCUGACCAGCAGAGGCUGAUCUUUGCAGGCAAGCAGCUGGAAGAUGGCCGCACCCUGUCAGACUACAACAUCCAGAAGGAGUCCACCCUGCACCUGGUCCUUCGCCUCAGAGGUGGGAUGCAGAUCUUUGUGAAGACCCUGACAGGCAAGACCAUCACCCUGGAGGUCGAGCCCAGUGACACCAUCGAGAAUGUCAAGGCAAAGAUCCAGGACAAGGAGGGCAUCCCCCCUGACCAGCAGAGGCUGAUCUUUGCAGGCAAGCAGCUGGAAGAUGGCCGCACCCUGUCAGACUACAACAUCCAGAAGGAGUCCACCCUGCACCUGGUCCUUCGCCUCAGAGGUGGGAUGCAGAUCUUUGUGAAGACCCUGACAGGCAAGACCAUCACCCUGGAGGUCGAGCCCAGUGUUACCACCAAGAAGGUCAAGCAGGAAGAUAAACGUACCUUUCUCACCACAGUAUCUAGAAAGAGCCCUCCUUGUGCUUGUUCUUGGGUUUGAUGGGGAGGUGUUUUAGUUUUCCCUUUUCAGCUCUUAACAAGUUUCAUUGCACUUUGAAUAAAGUUCUUGCAUUCCCAAAA